UGGGAAUUUAGUUUGUAUUACCGCCAUAUUUAGUGAGUUGAAAGCGUGGAGUGACACUGUUCCAUUCCUGCAAGCUUUUAUGUCCUAUUUACCUUAGUUUUUUCUGAUUAGUAAUAGUUAAUGAUUGUUUUUAAAUGGCCAACAGAGAUAUUGGAGGCAAAAUUCGAUCUAAGCGAUCCUAUACGUCAUCCAAACCAUAUGAUAGGCGAAAGUCAUUGUUUACAAAAUUCACUGACACCGUAAAAGAUAUUUUUGUUCCAUCAUGGCUGUCCGAUUUCAUGAAGAACAACCCCACAGAGAAUUCUCAAAAUACUGUGAUUGACGAAGAAGAUCAAAAUGGAAAUGAAAUUAAAGACAGUGAUGACAACAAUUAUUCGUCACCUCAUGAAAACCCAGUUGUUGGUGACCGACGUCCAGCUCAACCACGGCCGUUGCACCCUGAAUAUACCAACUAUCAUCAACAGGUGAAAGCAGUCUCUAGAAGGUCAGCAAUGACAGGCUAUGCAGCUGAUCAUAUGCCGAGUAAUCAUGAGAUGCAGUAUCCGCCAGGACCGAGAUAUUCUACCUCAAAUCAUGAUGGUUCAUUGCCUCAUGCUGGCCAAAUUUCAGAGACGAUGCCCCGGUUAGGUGAUAAACAGAACUGUCUCUCUCUCACUGGAGCAGAUAUUGAACAACUAAAGAAUCGGUUACAUCCUUCUGCUGACGCCCAACUUUCUUCAGACAUGAAUUAUCAAUCAACUACAGCAUCUAUUGAUAAUGAUGAUGAUGGGAAUGGCAGCAUUAGUGUUGAUCCUGAAGAUAGCUGUGAUUGUGAAAGUUCUAAAGUGUGGAGCAAUAUAUCCUAUAUUAAAAAAAAUGAAAGUGACUCUUUUCGGACUAAGCCUAGAUUUGAACCUUCUCUGCUUGUCUCUCCCUUCUUGAAAGAUUCCUUGCUCUCUGAUAGUCAGCAUGAGUCUUCAUUUUAUGGCGGUAAAACACAGUAUGGUGGGGCUUCUUCUAGGAGAAAAAUGCGCCUGAAAGAAAGUAACCCAUAUUCUGCUGCCACACCAUAUCGGCGUCAGGUCAACGCUAAACCACUGCAUAAGAACAGUACUGGGGCUGUAACAAGUUCUACAGCAAAACGGAUCUCAGAUAUUUUAGAAAUGAUGGCAACUCCUAUAUCAGAUGCUCGUAAGAUUCCAAUGAAUAAUCACAAUUUGGCGGAUACAGUUCUACAGUUUUCUCCAUCCAAUUUUAAACGACGCAAUAGACCAUCAGUUGCAGUUUCAACUUUUAGUAACGAUUCUGAAAAGCUACCACCUAGAGGUCCACCAACAGUUAUGCUAAAUUCCCCAUCGAAAGCUACCAUAGCCAAAAACAGGCAGUCAGCAUACAGUGCUUUCAAGAGCUCUCCAACUAUGGAAAAUACCCAGAAGCAAACAGAACAUAUUAACAAAGUAAGCAGCUAUACAGGGAAAGAUACUUCUAAGGAACUGGCUAGAGUCUUUGCAACAACUCCACAGACUGCCUCAGUUGAGAAAACAACAACAACAGUAGCAGCUACAGCAACAGCUUCGAUACCAACAGCAUCAUCAGCAACAGCAUCCAGUUUCUUUUCUAUACCCUUGGUAACCCAGCCAACAGCUACAAAUGUUUCAGAACCCUCACUUUCUCUAGGGAGACCACCAAUUAGUGGUAAGAUGAAGAGAGAGAAAAGUUAUUCUACAAGAGGAAAUUCAAUGAAAGAUAUGGAAGAUGAAACUGAGGAGCCUGUACAGUUGAAGACUGAUUUUGUCCUGCCUGUCACAAAUGUGCCCAAAUUCUCUUUUGGAAUAUCAACAAGCAGCUUUUCUAAUCAAUCCGGAAGAUCUACUUUCACACCUCUUACUACUACUAUUUCUGCUGACAAGUCUAAUAGCGGAACUGCACAGUCUACUGCAACAACAUCAACUAUAACAGCAACUCCUAGCUUUGGUGCUAGCACUAGUUUCGGCUCUAACACUAGCUUCAAUUCAUCAGAAUCAGAUUUUAAAUUCUCUACUCCCAUACAAACAACACUACCAGAUACAAACUUGGUAUCUGAAGGCUUACCUUCAGUUUCAGACUUUAAAUUCAGUUCUCCUGACAAAGUAAUUGUAGACUCUGCUAAACACACGUUCCAGUUCAGUGUUUCAUCAACUUUGCCUAAACCAAAAUCAACUUCCAUCUUUGAUGAAAAACCAGCUUUUACACUAAAGACAUCUGGCAGUAAACCAGUUGAUAGCAGCAGUGGCAGCAGCAGCAGCAGCGGCGGCUUUGGAGGGAUUCAACCUGCUUCCACUUUGAAGACUGGAAGUGUAAUGGAUGUGCUUGGUGGUCAGAAAAAAGAAACUUCCAAAGCACAAGUUGAUCCUUUGAUGGCCAAGUUUUUAACAGUUGACUCUUGGGAUUGUGAUGCUUGUAUGGUCCCAAAUAAAACUGAAAGCAAAAAAUGUGUUAGUUGUGGGACACGAAAACCAUCUGCAGCUUCAACUAAAGCUCCGACGACUACGUCUAGCGUUGUAACUGACAGUUUGAUGGCAAAGUUCAUCAGUUCACCUGACUCAUGGGAUUGUGAGAUCUGUAUGCUGCUAAACAAGCCUGAAGCUACAAAGUGUGUGGCUUGUGGAGCAUCAAAGCCAUCAGCAACUCAACCAAAAGCUAGUGUAUCUUUACAACCUGAUAGCUUGAUGGCAAAAUUUAUGCCAUCGUCUGGUUCGUGGGAGUGUGAUACUUGUAUGAUUCAGAACAAAGCAGAAGCUACUAAGUGUGUUGCUUGUGAAACACCCAAACCGGGUUGUAAACCAACACUCUUUACUACUACUCCUGCUACAACCGUUGCCCCAACUUCAUCCGACAAAGUUGAUCCAUUAAUGGCCAAGUUCUUGAAAUCUGAUACAUGGGAAUGCAGUGUGUGUAUGUUACAGAACAAAGAAUCAGACAGCGUCUGUGUUGCCUGUCAAACUGCCAACCCUAAUGCACCACCAGCACCACCACCAAAUGCUGCUAGCCAUAUGGUUCAUUGUUUGUCUCAGACUGAAAAACAAUCAGUUGGGACCAGUAACUGUCAGCUUGAUAAAGCCUUGUCUAUGUGGAAAUGUGAUACAUGUCUCGUCUCCAAUCCACUACAUUGUAGAAAAUGUAUUGCUUGUGACACCCCUCAUAUCAAGCCUGCAGUUAUUGCCACUAUUGCUGCCAAUUCCUCAGGUUCAGUUGAUGUUCUACCAAAAUUUGGUGUCAUAACCUCAACAGGUUUCAAAUUCAGUGCUGCAAGUUCUUCAUCUGAUUCUGCACCAAUUUCUUCUGCUUUCAAAUUUGGUACAAGUUCCACGUCUGAUGCAGCACCAAUUUCUACAGGCUUCAAAUUUGGUUCUGAAACUGCACCAAUUUCUUCAAGUUUUAAAUUAGAUCCCAACGUGUCAAGUGCUCCAAGCAAUGGGUUUAAAUUUGGAGUACCAUCUUCACAGGAAGAUUCAACUAAAAGUGAAUCUGGGGUUGGAAACUCGUCAGGUUUUAAAUUUGGUUUUGUAUCACCAGUACCUGGAAAUAAACCUGGCAGUGACUUUAAAUUUGGUAAUAGUGAUGAUAAAAAAGAGAAAAGUGAUGACCAGCCAAAGCCUGCUAGUUUUGUCUUUUCACAACCUAAAUCUGAUGGCUUUCCAUUUAGCAUGAAGGAAACAACGGCACCUUUGACUUCUUUAGCUGAUCCCUCUACUUCAAACAGUGGCAACAGUUCUUCACUGAAUUGCACAACUGCAAGUGCAGCACUACCUAUUACAGCUCCUACUUCUACUUUUGCUACAGCAGUUUCAUCAUCACCAUCAUCAUCAUCAGGGUUUUGUUUUACGGGGACAGAUAAGCCUGUUGCUGCUGGUUUCAAGAUUCCUGCUCCUGAUACAAAAACCACUUCAUCAGCCGCUCUACCGACAUUUUCAGUCAGCACAGAGAAAUCAGCAACACCUAUUUUUGGGACUGCAGGGAGUUCUGACAGCACUAAGAAUGUUGCCAGUACCUUUAUAUUUGGUAGUGACAGUAGCAAAAAUACCAAUGCUCCCUCUACUGGGGGACCUAAAUCAUCUUUUAGUCUAACUUCACCUUUGAAGCGAGAACGUGAUGAUGAAGCAGAUGGACCAAGUGGCGCUAAACGUUCAGUGACCUCUGCUUCUGGCAACGCAACACCUGCUGCUGACUUCAACUUUAGUGCUGCAGCUCAACCUAAUGCUAUUUUCUCUGGAGGAUUUACAUCUUUUUCUGACUCUGCUAAUAAGAAUCCUUUCUCUGCCACCACUACCAACAGCAGCACAGUUUCAAACAACCAGCAGUUUCAAUUUGGGAAUUCAUUACCAGCGUUUGGUGUAAUAAGUAGCAAUAGUAGUAGUGGUAGUGGUGCUAACAGUGGUAGUAGCAGUACAACUGCUCCUUCAACAUUUACUUCUCCUGGCUUUAAUUUUCCCUUGGUUCAGACAACUGCCUCAGCCCCUACUGUUACCACUACUACUCAGUCAACCCCAGCUUUUGUGUUUGGCAGUCCGGCCUCUGCAGCCAGUUCUCCUGCUACUUUCGGUGCCUCUGCACCUACAUUUCAAUUUAGACCAGCCAACCCAACACCACCAUUGUUUAACAGCAAGCCUUUUAAUGCAGCUACUACCACACCUGCAACAACUAAUUUUACCUCCAACCGUAGCUCUGAACCAUUUAGCUUCCCGAAUACUGGUGGUGUGUUUCAGUUUACUGGAAAGCAGUCAAGUGACAAUACUACUACUGCUGCUACUACUGCUGUGAAUAGUAAUUUGUUCCAGUUUGGUCAGACCCCUUCUACAAACACAAAUCCUGGUCCUCUGGGUACUGGAACAUCACCAGGGUUCCAGUUCAAUUCAACCCCAAAUUUCAAUUUUACUUCUGGAAAUUUCACAUUCAGUGGCAACAGUGACAGCUCUCAACCCCAGAGUGGCCGUGUUGUGAAGAAAGCCAUCAGAAGAACCAGGAAGGUGUAACAACAACAAC